AUGCAUCUGGUGUCCAGCCAAAUAUCCGGCGUUCCGCAACCGCUUGGGCGAGGUGAGGAAGUAGCACAAGUUGGCCCUGGACUGGAUCUAUUCGAGUACCAAUUCCUAUUUUUUGGCGAUUUGGCAGACUCCAAUAAAGCUGUACCCAUUACAGGGGUUCAUUUCACCACUCUCCCAUCGCAAGAACUAUCGAAUCGGCUUCUUGAGCGGUAUCUUUCAACAUAUUGGCAUCUGUUGCCCAUCGUUACCAAAGAGAUUUUUCGGCAGCGUCUCGCACAGAUAUACGCUACGCCCGGAGUAUGCGCAUUUGACUCAUUAGAUAGCAUGUUCCGAAUGGAGAGAUCAAAACCUCAUUCUGGGUUUAUGCAUGUUGGAAAUGCGGCUAGAAAAGCUAUUGCGGCCGGCCUUCACAGAGGAGUUAAUAUCCGGGGCAAGCCCGAAGAUGCUUCACAGCGCCGACUUGCGUUUUGGUGUACAUAUGUAUGGGAAGUAUGGGUUUGCUUUAUUCUUGGGCGCCAGACGUCUAUGUCCGAGCUCGGCUUGGAUAUACCUGUCCCCACAGAUGACAAGAUAAUGGCGGCCUUGGUGAAGCUAAUGAAGAUUGUAUCGCAUUGUGCUGAUCGCAUCUACAAUCAGACUUACGAGUCUCUAGUGCAUAUGUGGGAUGUGGUGAAUGAGAUUCGUGGCGAGCUUCGUGAAUUUGCCAAUGAGCAGCGGAAGGAAAUUGGGCUUGAACCUGACAGGGUGUCUUGCACUGGAGAGUUGGGAUUCUGCUUGACUAUAAUAUCUGCAAUGUAUCAUCAUGCUCAUCUACUACUAUUUCGGCCUUUCCUUAUACUGAAGGCAAAGCUGGAUCUCAUACCGCCCACAAUAAGAACUCCAACGUUAAAUAAGCUUGAUAGGCUCGCUUGGCUGAAUGGGGCAUGUGAGAACUGCUUAGACACCGCUCAAAAAUGCAUACGGUUAAUUACCAAGUCUUGCGAAUUAGAUGAGAUCUGCAGAAGAACAGUAUAUAUGGCAUUCUUUCUCGAAGGAGCGUGCUUUGUCCUCGGCUUUGACAUGCUCAGCAAUAAUUCGCGGCGCACAAUCCAUCUUCCGUAUAUGCAAAACGCCGUCGAUUGCCUUUCAACCAUGAUUCCGAAACAGGACAAAGCCCUCCCACAAGUCCCGAUCCUUGUGAAAGGGAUACAACACAUAAUCGACUCAUCCAUGAUUUCAGACGUCCAAAGCAUCGAAGGAAGCUCACAAGUUGGAUCCUUGUGCAACAGUAGUCCAUCCAUGGUAACUUCUGCUAAUACAGAGGUCAAUAUGGAAGAUUCUGGACCUCCACCCUUUCUUUCUCAACAGCAUACGAAUAGCAUGCCCGAUUUAACAACAUACGAUGUCUUAAAUAACCGCGUAUCCUCUACCCUUACCGACAUUGAAUACGGCUGGCAAAAUAUGAGUGUCGAAAUGCUGUGGCCGGAAUUUCCGCACCAAUUACUUCUCAACAUGCAGCACGCUGGAAGAACCAUUCCAAGUCAUGACCCAGCCUUUGACAAACCGAUAUAA